AUUUGAAUUUGCAAUUGUUUAGUUACUUAAAAAAAGUUUAGAACAGAUUAUGAAAUAUGUACAAAAAAAUGUGCGCGGGGUCUUACGAGGCUAGAAAUUAAGAGCUAUUUAUUCCCUUAAGGGAUUAUUUUAGAAAAUAAACGUAUAUUUACUUUUUAAUUAGAUACUAAUAAAAAUAUAGUUACCGGUUGAAAACACCGUGAAACGAAAACGCUCAAUUCAUACCAUGUUGUAGGGUCGUGGCCAAUGAUAAUCGCAAAGCCAAAUUUUAUAAUGUGGAAAGCCCUUAAUGUGGAUUGGGGACGUCACACACACGUUAAAAAAUGUCUACACUACGCUGUAGACAUUUUGUUACAGCGUACGGCAACACUGCUCUUUUUAGUAGUUAAAGGUUUUGAACGCGUGUAGUCGCUUGUGUGUUUUUUAAUAAAUCUCUGAUACUAUACAAUAUGAAGCUCCUCACAAUUUCCAUGAUCAUAUUCGGAGCCAUAGCCACCAAAGAGGCCUCAAUAGUCCCCAAUAAAAAAGAUAUAUAUGUCCUAGACCAACCAACAUCUAAUAACAUAUACAUAUCCCUAUUGCCAAUGGAAACCGUAAGCAAAAAUACUGAAAAAUUACCUAAAGAAGAAUUUGACAUUUUACGUCAACAAAUGAAAGAGAUUAUGAAGAGGAUGUGUGGCCAAGAUGUCAAGUCGGGAGAAAUGGACUCUGACGUGUAUACUUGCGCGAUUAAGACCGUCACUUUCUUCAUUGGGUGUAUACAUAUGGAUACCGAUAAUUUGAAAGAUACAGUUGAAGCAGACCCGUUCAUAAAAUGCCUCAGCCAAGCUGUGAGCGUGUUCGUGAAAUGCGUUAUAUCCAACCCAUCGUCUGCAGUACUUGAUAAUUACGCUUCCGAUGUAGUUAUUCAUAUGAAAUAGUUUUUUUUAUACGAAUAAACAUUGCUAAGUAA